AGUAUAAAAACACAUUUUAAUCUUGGAUUAACUACAGUUACUUCAUAACAUUCAUCAUGUUUAACCAAAUUGUGUGUGUUCUAUCCUUUUCAUUUCUGUACCAGGUGAACUGCAAUGGAUAUGAUACUGGAUAUUAUGGUCUAGAUAACUACCAUGGUUACGGAUAUGGUGGAUAUGGAGGUAUUGACCAUGGAUAUGGAGGUAUUGACCAUGGAUAUGGAGGUAUUGACCAUGGAUUUGGUGGAUAUGGCUAUGAUUGUGAUGAAUAUGGAUAUCCUCUACAUGGCCAUGGUUAUGGUGGAUAUGGAUCUCCUAGCAACCAUAAGACAAGCUAUAAAAAGAAAAGAUCUACCUAUUCUACCCCGGAUUAUGGCAACUCUCCCUCUACCUAUGGAAACUCAUAUGGAAGUUCUUUUGAAAACUCAUAUGGAAGCAAGCCAUCUACCUAUGGAAGCUCUUAUGGAAACUCAUAUGGAAGCAAGCCAUCUACCUACGGAAGCUCUUAUGGAAACUCAUAUGGAAGCAAGCCAUCUGCCUAUGGAAGCUCUUACGGAAACUCGUAUGGAAGCAAGCCAUCUACCUAUUGAAGUUCUUAUGGAAACUCCUAUGGAAACUCCUAUGGAAGCAAUCCAUCCACCUAUGGAAGCUCUUAUGAAAACUCUUAUGGAAGCAAGCCGUCAACUUAUGGAAGCUCCUACAGAUCUUCUUAUGGAAACGAACCCUCUUAUGGUUCCUAUUCUACCCAGCAUGGUUAUAACUCUCCCGGAAAUUCCUAUGGUUAUAACACUGCUCCCUAUGGGUACAGCUCAUAUUGAUAAUUAUUUAUAAGAUAUGUAAGAUUUUAAAUUAAAACUGAAAAAAUAAAUAUUAACCUUGGUCA